UCAUGGAGAGGCUGCAGGACUCUGUGCGUGUUGUGCGCGCGUGUGUGUGUCUGGCUGCAGCUUUUCAUCUGCGCGUAAAGAGCUCUGAGAGAUAAGGAAAAGUAAAUACCGACGCCUCCGACUUUGAUGGAGCCAUAAGAGCGGCCUGGAUUACGGAGCUUCUGGUGACACCUUCAUGCGCUGAGUUUCACUUUUGGGGAAUCCAGAGCGGUCCAGAUGUUAAUCCACACCUAUUCGGCUAUGGAGCGCGCAGACGGACUCAGCGGCUCUUCUCCCAGCGGCCGCCUCUCCCAGCUGUCCUCCCUCAACCAGGCCGCCUACUCCUCGGCUCCCCCGCUCUGCCACACUCCGGCCUCGGACUUCCAGCCUCCGUACUUCCCCCCUCCUUACCCCCAGUCGUCCCUCCCGUACUCCCAGAGCCAGGACUCGGCCUACUCCCACCUGUCGGACCCCUACCCCUCCAUCAACUCCAUCCAUCAGCACCAGCAGGCGGCAUGGCACUCGCAGAGGUCGCGCUCGGAGGAAGGGGGGCUGCUGUCUCAGUCGCACCGGGCUCUGAGCCUCGACCCCCGCCGGGAGUAUCCAGCCGUCCCUCGGCUGCUGCACGGUCUCGGGGAAGGAGCUGCGGCUCUCGGGGACGGACCUCUGGGGAUGCACCUGGGACACCACGGCCUGGAGGAUCUUCAGGGAAUGGAGGAAGGAUCAGCCCUGGGCAUCCUGGACCACUCUGUCAUUAAAAAAGUUCCCAUCCCCUCCAAGCUCAACGGCUCGUCGCUGUCCUCGCUGUCCAUCGGGAAGGAGGGCUUCGGGAUGGGCGCCGUGUCCAACCCGGCCGAGGUCUUCUGCUCGGUGCCGGGUCGCCUGUCGCUGCUCAGCUCCACCUCCAAGUACAAGGUGACGGUCGGGGAGGUGCAGCGACGCCUUUCUCCACCUGAAUGCCUCAACGCCUCGCUGCUGGGCGGAGUCCUGCGCAGGGCCAAGUCAAAGAAUGGUGGCCGCUGUCUGAGGGAGCGUCUGGAGAAGAUCGGCCUGAACCUGCCCGCCGGGCGACGCAAGGCGGCCAACGUCACUCUGCUAACGUCUCUGGUGGAGGGUGAGGCCGUCCAUCUGGCUCGGGACUUCGGUUAUGUUUGUGAGACGGAGUUUCCAGCCAGAGCCACAGCUGAGUAUCUGUGCAGGCAGAGCGAACCGGACCAGCUUCCAACACGACGCAGCAUGCUGCUGGCCACCAAGGAGAUCUGUAAGGAGUUCGUGGACCUGAUGUCCCAGGAUCGCUCCCCUCUGGGGGGCAGCCGGCCGACCCCCUGCCUGGAGCCGGGCGUCCAGGGCAGCCUCACCCACUUCAGCCUCCUCACCCACGGCUUCGGGACGCCGGCCAUCUGUGCAGCGCUGUCCGCCUUCCAGAGCUACCUGAUGGAGGCCAUCAAGAUGCUGGACAAAGGAGAAGGAGGAGGGAAGAGCCACCACGACAAGGAGAUGAAGCACCGCAAGUAGAGGACGGAUGGACACCUGGACAGAUGAACACCUGGAUGGACACCUGGACGGAGGGGAGAUGAACAAUGACGGACUCUGAGCUUCACCUUCAGGAUACAAACUGAGACUUUUAGCUCCCAGAAGCUCCUCCGGCUGGUCAGUUUCUGACUCACCUGGACCUGUUCCCAUGAUGGCGGCGUCUCUUCAGGACUGCUUUUACUUCCUGUUUUUCUUAACUGUGUCACCUGUGUGUUGUCAAAGCCGCCACACCUUCACACAUGUCGGACUGGACUCACCUGGAAGCAUCAUAAAGCCAUAUCUGAGACGACAACAGCCCUCCGCUCCUCUGGAACUCUGGGAGACGUUCACCUGGAGGACAG